AUGUCAAGUAUGAGUCUUGUGGGUACCCUUCCUCCACAAUUAGGCAACCUCUCUUUUCUUGUUUCUCUUGACAUAAGUUACAACUACUUCCAUGGUAACUUGCCUAGAGAAUUAGCUAACCUACGCCGACUACAAUAUAUGAAUUUUGGCUAUAAUGGUUUUAGUGGAAAAAUCCCAGAAGAGAUUGGCAAUCUUAAGAAUGCAAAAUGGCUGAUAUUGAAAGCUAACCAACUUGAUGGUUCUAUCCCCUUCACCAUCUUCAACAUUUCCACAUUACAACAGUUGAUCCUCCAACAAAAUAGCUUAUCUAGCUCUCUUCCUAUGAAUCUAUGUCAACAUCCUAAAAGUCUCAAAGCGCUUACUUUGAAUUUCAACAAGUUGAGUGGUGAUAUUCCAAAGAAUUUAUCAUGUUGCUCAGAACUUGAAGAAUUGUGGUUGAAUAACAACAACUUUGCUGGGAAGAUUCCAAGAGAAAUUGGGAGCUUGAAUAUGCUUCAGCUUUUAAGCUUGGGUAGUAACAACUUAGAAGGUGUAAUACCUGAAACGAUAUUUAACAUUUCUGCACUAAAAUAUAUACUCAUGGAAAACAAUAGUUUGUCCGGAAUUCUUCCACCAAACAUGUGUUCACAACUUCAAAAGCUUGAAAGACUUCACUUGUACCAGAACAAACUAUCUGGCAGCAUCCCAAGGAGCAUAGGCGAAUGCUCUUCGCUUAAACAUUUGAUUAUGUGGGGGACUCAACUAAAUGGACCAUUGCCAAGAGAAUUUGGAAAUUUGACAAUGCUAAUUGAUCUUGAACUUACCGAGAAUUCUUUGUCAGGAACAAUACCAGAUACAAUAUUUAAUAUUUCUACACUAGUUUAUAUAAGCAUGUCAAACAACAGUCUAUCUGGUGUUCUCCCACCAAACAUGUGCUCACGUCUUCAAAAGCUUGUAGAUGUUUACUUGUAUAAUAACAAGCUAUAUGGCAACAUUCCAAGGAGCAUAGGUGAAUGCUCUUCACUUAAAGAAUUGCUUAUGGAGAGUAAUCAACUAAAUGGGCCAGUGCCAAGAGAGAUUGGGAAUUUGACAAUGCUAGAAAAACUUGAUCUUAGUGAGAAUCCCUUGUCAGGUACUCUUCCAAAAUCUUUAGGAUAUGGGCUUCCCAAUUUACAGUACUUAAACCUUUGCCAAAACCAUCUAGGAGGAGUUAUACCUGCUCAAAUCUCAAAUGCUUCCAACCUAUUUCACCUUGAACUUUGCCAAAACGAAUUCGUAGGCCUAAUUCCAAAUUCCCUUGGAAACUUAGCACAACUCCAAGUGCUAAGAAUUCAUUCCAACAACCUAACAAGUGAUCCUCAAUUUAGCCUAAUAACUUCAUUGGCAAAUUGUAGAUAUAUCCAAGAGUUGUCUUUGUCAAUUAACCCUUUAAACAUUGUGCUCACAAAUGCAUUCGGCAACCUCUCCACCACUCUCCAAAUUUUCUACGCAGAUAAUUGUAACAUUUGGGGACGAAUUCCAAAUGAGAUUGGCAAUUUAAGUAACUUGUAUGAUUUCCGUCUAUCAACCAAUAACAUUAUAGGAUUUCUACCAACAACCAUUCAAGCUCUUCAGAGCCUUCAGACAUUCAGAGUAGCACAAAACAGAUUAAAAGGGUCAUUUCCAGAUGUGGUCUGUGGACUAGGAAAUUUGUUUUGGAUAGAUUUAGGCAAAAAUAAAUUUUCAGGUCCAAUCUCGGAUUGUCUAGGGAAUAUUUCUUCCCUCAGAGAGAUCUAUUUGUAUGAAAAUGAAUUCACUAUCUUCCCUCCUAUCCUAUGGAGCCUUCAAAAUCUUUUCAGUCUGGAUUUGCAUUCCAAUAACUUGAGGGGUUCUCUACCUCAUGAAAUCGGGAACGCAAAAACGGCAAUACUUAUUGAUCUCUCACAUAACAAACUAUCCGGGGAAAUUCCCAGUACCAUUGGAGGUUUGACAGCGUUAAUGAAUUUUUCUGUGGCUCAUAACGCAAUCCAAGGUUCUAUUCCUGACACAUUUGGAAAACUCCUGGAUACAUUCUUUAGAUCUUUCUGA